AUGAAGCAUUUCGGCAGUUGGAACACAGAGGAACACGCUGUCAACAAAAACACUCCGGACAAUAUAACUUGGAUCAAACUUGAUGGUGGGAACAAUCAGUUUUCAGCGAAGAAAACCCAAAAUCUUCUGAAAAGAACCACCUUUCGCGUCCUUCUUAGUCAGCUUGUGCUUAUCAUCUUGAUGAGUUCAGUGGCAGUGUCACUCAUUUUGAUGCUCGUGGGAAUUUUCUCGGACCAACGCACCUGCCUCACAGUGGGUUGCAUCCUGGGAUUGGCAGCCUUCGGAGCCAUACUUCAUGGUUGCCUUAGUCACCGCUCUUUGCCCGACUCCACCACACCCAUUGUCCUGAGUGCCGCCUGUAUGUAUCCUGUCGGUAACCUUGCCCUCACGACAGACCAUAACGCAACCGCAGCCGCAAUGGCUACGGCAACCUUUAUUCCGAAAACAUUUCAACACCCAUCCUCGAUGAUGACCUCCAGCUUGGAAGCCAGUGUUCUCAGUCAGCUACAAAAGAAGCAGUCCUUUCCCUUCCCGCCCGGUCCGACCAUUAUGGCAAGGCAAAAUUCGUUCCACACCCUUUCGAUUCCACUCCCAUACCGUCGUAAUGUUUCCGACCCAGUGGCUGCCAGGAGGUCACACGUACUUGACCGUAGCUCAGAAGAUCCCCCGGUAGAUGCCAAAGUUGUUCAGUACACCAAACAGCACAGUUGUCCUGUUGAACAGGCUACAUUGAAUGAGGAGCACUUAUAUGCCAAUGAUCUUGUCUGGACGGGAUGUUCAACAGCUGAACAUAGUGAUUUAUCCUUGAACUGUGAUCAAACGGUUGAAGGCAUGAUGAUUCCUAAACGAGAUGGGAUAAAGAAACAGACAGAGGGAAGCCGAAUGUGUUGCACCAGGCCGCCUCAUGCCUUAGUCACUACGAUAUUUGAGAUAUCGCGAUACAUAUAUAUUUUUGUAAUGCACUUGAAACCAAAUUGCACGAAAUUAGCGAAUAUACACUCAUUCAAUUAG